AUGUCGCUGUGCCGCCCAUUAGACUGCAGAAACACGGCCGAUUCUGAGGCCCGUGCGGAGAAGCUGAAAGCAUUCUCAGUGGCGUUUGAGCCGCCUCAAAAUUCCCCCGCCGAGAUCUGCAACGCAUCCAACCAGCGGGAAGCCGGUGCGAAGAAGAGGGUUGAGCGGCGAAGGACCCUCGACGCGUGGUUGAAGCGACUCAAGCCGUCAACCGUUGACCCAGCGCGUACAAGCCCGGCUAAGUGCGACGCCACUCCUAUCUCUCAAUCCCAACUGAUUGCAAACUUCGAAAAUCCUUAUCCUAGUCAAUCCAACGGUCCUUAUCCUCCAUGUCGUCGAGAUCCUGCUAAAUCGUCUCCGGCACUUGGAGCGGCUCAGUGCACGGCCGCGUUGAGGCAAUGCUCUGUUGCGGGGUCUGACGGGUUGCGUGAGAAGCAUGCCGCCGCGUCUUUAGAGUCGAGUCGAAAGCCGCUCCGAUCCUCCGAUGCAUCCGACGCAUUGCGUGAGAGUUCUUUUGAAUCGACUCAACAGUCACCCCUAUCCUCCAAUGCAUCUGACGCACUGCCUGAGAACUCCCCCUCGUGUGACCUUGGGAGAGAAUCGUGUAGUGUUGGGAGCGCAUGCGAUUCUCCGGCUCGCGAGAUGAUUCGUCCGGGUUUGGAUGAUCGCCGCUGCGACGCGCCGCCGUCGCCCACGUGUGAGGAGCCGAUUGUAGCGACGGCGCGCGUUGUCACGUACAGGAGGCUCCGUCGAGUGAUGGCUGACGGCGGCUCCACACCAGGCCACUCUGUUGGCGAUUCACCUGGCAAUUCUCCUGAAGUGUGCAACGCUUUCACAACCAAGAAGUCAGCAGCCGCAGCAACCAUUCCAAGUGGAUCUGCCUCGGGAUUGCCUAGGAGGAGAAUCGCAACCAUUGCGGACUUCAAAGUCGUUUCGGCUCCUGCACCGUCAGCAUCAGCAGAACGUCCACGUGGCACCUCCACGUUGGCCUCCUGGUUAAGGCAGGGGAAUGGUUCCAGCAAGGAGAGGACAGGCGGAGCAUCGUGUCCGUCGGAUGCGCCUCGAGUGGACGAUGAGUACGAGAUCCAACGGCUGAGGAAGUCGAAGCUGAAGCGCAAGGCAGAGGCGAGCAUAGGGGAAGAGAAGCAAGCAGAUAUUGAGGAACGACAGGGGCUGACGCAGGAGGGACAAGGGCAGGCAGCUUUUGAGGCGCCUCAAAAGGCGAGCAUAGGGGAAGAGAAGCAAGCAGAUAUUGGGGAUCGGCAAGGGCUGACGCAGCAGCAGGGGCAAGGGCAGGCAGGCGAGCAGGAGCAGAAAGAUCAGAGGCGUGUUGAGAAUGAUGGGCGGGUGCACGAGGGGCAGCAGCAGCAGAAGCAGCAGCAGCGGCAGCGGAGGCAGGUGCAGGCGUGUUUGGACUUUGGGCAGAAGGACCUGCUGCACACCACGUGCCGGGUGUGCGGGUUCGUGUUUGCCAAGGGGCUUAAAGCGGACGAGGCAGCACACGACGCACACCACAGAUUGUUCUGUGGCAAUGUAAUGAUUCAGAAGGACCUGCUACACACCACGUGCAGGGUGUGCGGGUUUGUGUUCGCUAAGGGGCUCAAGGCGGACGAGAUGGCACAUGAGGCACACCACAAGCUGUUCUGUGGGAAUGUGACCUUCCAGGUGAGAAGGGUUCGUGCAGGGUUGGCUAGUCUCUUGACAUAUGGGACACGUGCCGGGUGUGCGGGUGAGAGAAGGGUUCCUGUAGGUCGCCUAGACCAGGGACCUGCUGCACUGCACGUGCCGGGUGUGCGGGUUCGUGUUCGCCAAGGCGCUCAAGGCACACGACGCACAUCACAAGCUCUUCUGUGGCACUGUGACCGUCCAGGUGAGAAGGGUGCUGUAGGUUUGUCUGGAACAGGGUCACAUGAGACGUGUGCCCUGUGUGUGUGUGGGUUCGUGUUCGCCAAGGGGAUCAAGGCGGACGAAGCAGCGCAUGAGGCACACCACAGGCUCUUCUGCGGCAUUCUUGCCAUCCCGGGAUGGAGGAACGAGCGGGUGGUGCACACUGUUUCAGAGAGCACUAGGGACGCACGCAACGCAUGCUCCACAGGAGCAGGCGCUGCAGAGACCGCAGCAGGCAGAAUAGUGCUCAUCACCCACACAGACUGCACAGCAGUGCAGCUGGCAAAGGUGAGUUACUGUGCCAAGGAGCAGAAGGUGAGACGAUGGGGGAUUGCAGGGAGUGAAGGGAGUGAAGGAGCACAGGGAGUGCUGCACGGCGAAUAG